UGCGGGGGUCCGUGUGUGUACGAGGCGGUGCCAGACGGGGGCUGGGGCUGGGCGGUGGCUGUGGCCUUCUUCUUCGUUGAGGUGUUUACUUACGGGACCAUCAAGUCUCUGGGGGUGUUCCUCGAGGACCUCAUGACAGAGUUUGGGGAGAGCAACAGCAGAGUAUCCUGGGUCAUCGCAAUCUGCGUCUUCAUCGUCACAUUCACAGCCCCUCUGUCCUCGGUGCUCAGUAACCGGUUUGGGUACCGUCCCGUAGUGAUGUUGGGGGGUUUUCUGGUCAGUCUGGGUACCAUCAGCUCUGCUUUCGUCUCCUCCAUCAACGAGAUGUACGUCACUAUCGGCAUCGUCUCAGGUCUGGGGUACUGCCUGGCCUUCCUGCCCACCAUCACCAUCCUGUCCCAGUACUUCAGCAGGAGGAGGUCCCUGGUCACCGCCCUGGCCUCCUCAGGGGAGUCCUUCGCCAUGUUUGUCUUCGCACCAGCCUUCAUGGCCUUGAAGGAGAUCAUCGGCUGGCGCCACUGCCUCGUCGUCAUCGGUCUCAUGCAGGCCUCCGUGAUUGGCUGCGGCGCUCUGCUUCGACCAAUCAUCAUCCGACCUGACCAGGAAGUGUCAGGGGAGGUGUCCAAUAAGGAGAAGCUGUCCGUUAAGCUGCAGACGGUCUACGAGCUGGAGAAUGAGGACACCCAGACCAACGUUAGCUCGGGGGAGUCUGAGGACUCGGGGGAUUCUGGGGUCACCUCUCUGUCCGCCUCCAGUGCUGACCUCCGGGCCGCCACAGCCGCACAGGACCCCUCAGAGACCCGGGCCCUCAUGGAGGACCAGGGGGAGAAGAACCAGGGGGGACAGGCAGCCCUUGGAACCCCACUGAAUCAGCUGGAGGCUGGGGAGAAAGAGCAGGGUGAGGUGGGUCCCCUUGUCCAACCCUCCAAACUUCUAGACUUUUCUGUGUUGAAAGAUGGAUCGUUCAUCUGCUACUCUCUGUUCGGUCUCUUCGCCACGCUGGGGUUCUUCGCCCCGUCUCUCUACAUCAUAGAGCUCAGUAAGAGCCGCGGCGUCCACCCAGAGAAGUCGGCCUACAUGCUCUCUGUAAUGGCGGUGUCCGAGGUCUGCGGGCGCCUGUCCAUCGGGGUCAUUUUAAACAAGGUGCGGAUGCGUAAGACCCAGGUGCUUCUGGGAUGUGUAGUUCUGCUGUGUCUGGUGCUGCUUGCCUUCACCCAGGUGACUGAGUUCUGGGGCCUGGCAGCCUGCUGCUGUCUCUAUGGCUUCCUGAUGGGCACCGUGGGUUCUACACACAUCCCCAUGCUGGCAGAGGACGACGUGGUGGGCAUAGACAGGAUGCCCUCGUCCGUGGGGGUCUAUGUGUGUAUCCAGAGCUUUGCUGGGUUGGCAGGACCACCGCUGGGGGGCCUGUUGGUGGACAAGACCCAGAACUAUGGCUCAGCCUUCUACUCCUGUGCUGUGGGAAUGGGCCUGGGCGCCAUCUUCCUCGCCAUGGUGGGGCCUGCCAAGUCUGGCCUCUGCCACCGCGGGAAGACGAGAAAACAGGAGGAGGAAGGAGGAGAGGAGGAGGAAGGAGGAGAGGAAGGAGGAGAGGAGGAGAAGGUUUCUCAGGACAGUGGAUCAACAGAUUAUCUAGAUGUUGAUCUGGUUGAGGAGACCAGUCCGGCUAAAUGGUCCCCAAAACAGGAGACCAACGCGGUCUGAACGUGGUUGAAUAGCUAAGACAGAACCACAACCAGACCUCCUUUGGAUCUUCUGAACUCAAUGGGACGACCUGGUUAAAUAAAGGUUGAAUAUAAAUAUAUGACAGCGUUUUGCUGCCUAACUGACCGGCCAAGGAGAACCUCGACCUCUAGAUACUCACAGGUGGUUAAGAAUGGAGAACAAAGACGCUGCCUAACUGACCGACCAAGGAGAACCUCGACCUCUAGAUACUCACAGGUGGUUAAGAAUGGAGAACAAAGACGCUGCCUAACUGACCGACCAAGGAGAACCUCGACCUCUAGAUACUCACAGGUGGUUAAGAAUGGAGAACAAAGACGCUGCCUAACUGACCGACCAAGGAGAACCUCGACCUCUAGAUACUCACAGGUGGUUAAGAAUGGAGAACAAAGACGCUGCCUAACUGACCAACCAAGGAGAACCUCGACCACUAGAUACUCACAGGUGGUUAGAAUGGAGAACAAACACCCAACCAUCUAGCAAAUAAGAGAACACACACGCUGUCAAACAUGCUACUGAGAGACUGAGUGCUGGACAAACACCUCUGUGGUACAGAAUGUAUACACACACACACACUGUCAACAUGCUACUGAGAGACGGAGUGCUGGACAAUCAUCUCUGUGGUACAGAAUGUAUACACACACACACACACACACACACAGCUUUGACCUGUUCACCCUCUCAGAUGUCAUUCACAUACACUUGCAUUGCAGCGAACAACUGUCUUAGGUACAUCAUUCCUAUUGACCAAGUCUCUCUCCUCAGAGUCAACCAAACUCCAUGCAUGGCUGAGACACAGGCGUUUAACAUGAUUACCGCUCUGUCAGUAGUUGUUAUAACCAUGAUAUGACCUUCCUGUUCAUAGUUAUAACCAUGAUAUGACCUUCCUGUUCAUAGUUAUAACCAUGAUAUGACCUUCCUGUUCAUAGUUAUAACCAUGAUAUGACCUUCCUGUUCAUAGUUAUAACCAUGAUAUGACCUUCCUGUUCAUAGUUAUAACCAUGAUAUGACCUUUCUGUUCAUAGUUAUAACCAUGAUAUGACCUCUCUGUUCAUAGUUAUAACCAUGAUAUGACCUUUCUGUUCAUAGUUAUAACCAUGAUAUGACCUUUCUGUUCAUAGUUAUAACCAUGAUAUGACCUUUCUGUUCAUAGUUAUAACCAUGAUAUGACCUUUCUGUUCAUAGUUAUAACCAUGAUAUGACCUUUCUGUUCAUAGUUAUAACCAUGAUAUGACCUCUCUGUUCAUAGUUAUAACCAUGAUAUGACCUCUCUGUUCAUAGUUAUAACCAUGAUAUGACCUCUCUGUUCAUAGUUAUAACCAUGAUAUGACCUUCCUGUUCAUAGUUAUAACCAUGAUAUG